AUGUCGUCAUUCGACAAAGACCACGAUGCCGGAACCAGUCACGCCGGGACUGGGCCUCCCGUGGUGACGCCAACACCGCCGGAGGGGUACCACCCGGCACCGGCACCAGUUCCACCCCGGGCUUCCGCUCCGGCCGCAGCAACCGCCGCAGCUCCUCCGGCAGCGGCCCCUCUGCCCCAAAACGCAACACGGCCGUACCCCCAAUACCAGUCGCAAUUCCAAAACGCAGGCAUGGCCACCGGCGCAAUGGUCGGGGUCAUGGGCGCCGGCCAAGGAUCCGUGGGGAAUGACAUGCUCAUCGGCGGCGUCGUUGGAGGCAUGGUCGGACAGCGCAUCGCGCAAGCCGAAAACCACGCCUACUGGAGAGACCAGGCAAUGCAGUAUCGCGAGGGCCGAGCGGCGGGAACCAUCCCACCGCCGAACCAAGAAGAUGCUGACAGCAAACCGUCGUGGUGGUCUAGGGAAGCCCGAGCUCAGCGGAGAGCUGAGAGAUGGGAGCGAAGAGCAAAGAUGAGAGACGGCACGGGAUAG